AGCGGAGGAAUAAUAGUCAAAGACAAAUUUUCGAUUUGAACUAAAAACGCCAACAGAUUACAAAACACAGGGCCGGAGCCUCAGACCGGACCAGACAACUACUCCUACUACUAGUACUAGAGCUCCGACUCUUUCCCCAAAACACAAAUUUACGUUGACCCGCUUUUGGGUUUCUCCAGAAACUUAUUCGUUUGAGAAUAUGGCCGUGCAGUGGGUUCUGGUGUGCCAUGGGCUGGUGACGUUGUUAGUGUUGAUCUCCUUCCUCUGUGGCCAGUGGCCCAUCUUCCAGGGCACCCCAAUUCAACGCAUCCAUUACUUUAUCACCUAUGGCGCCUACGAUUACUUCUUGCGGUUUAUAGGGGUUGUGUUUGGCACGAAGGGCACAAAUGCUGUACUUUCAAUUGAGUAUUUCUGCUGCGACCGACCCAAUCCGACUCUCCAGGUCAUAUAUCUUGCAAUACUUGGGGGGACCUAUUACUUUAUUAUCAAGUCUUCCUUCAGCUACAUCCCUGGCUAUUAUCUGGGUGCAGUUCAUAAGUACACAAGCUUGUUGGCUGUUGGUGUAGGCGUUCUGCUAUUUCUUUUGACUAGCUUUUCUGAUCCAGGAACAGUAACGGCUGAGAAUGUCUCUCAGUAUCUCUCUGCUUACCCCUAUGACAAUAUUAUUUACUCUGAGAAAGAAUGUUCAACAUGCAAAAUUACAAAACCUGCGAGGUCCAAGCAUUGCAGCAUAUGCAAUCGCUGUGUUGCCCGUUUUGACCAUCAUUGUGGAUGGAUGAAUAAUUGUAUAGGCGAGAGAAACACCCGUCACUUCAUGGCAUUUCUUUUAUGGCACUUUCUUAUUUGCAUAUAUGGAUCAGUUGCCCUUGGAUUUAUUCUUGCUGGACGAGUUAAGGAAUUAAAAGUUGUACAUAUUUUAACUGUUUAUUAUGGAAUAGAGAGAAGUUUUAGAAGUUUAGCUCCACACGUUGUACAGUGGUUGCUGGGUGCCUACAAUACUCAAAUUCUUCUCAUGGUGUUUCUUGCCAUUGUUUCAUUGCUGUUGGCAGGUUUCUUUAGUUACCAUGCAAAACUUUGUCUCACAAAUACCACCACUAAUGAGACUUUCAAAUGGCAAGAGUAUAUAAGCUGGCAGAAGAAGCUAAAUGAAGCAAGGGCGAGUACUGAGGCCCUUAAAGCGAGUCUGAGCGAGAUAAGUUGUGAAACCAAGCCUGCACAAAGCAAAUGGAAGUUAUUCUGUCGAAGGUCUCCACUCGAAGGUGUUAAGGUGGUGGUUAAGAAUAACAUGUAUGAUAGAGGCUUUUUCCAUAAUCUUUGCGAGAUCCUCUUUCCCUUAUCGAUGAGAGCAUCGUUUUUUGCCCAAACCAAAUUGAAGAAUAGCUAAGAUCAUCAUAGCUUACUUUGCUCCAAUUUCUUGCAAUUUAGUAGUUUCGAGACUGUUAUGCCAUUCCCAAACCAAACCAGAUACUUGCUCAACCAUUCUUUAAUAUCCUGGCUGUGACACUUUUAACAUUUCUUUUCUUCUGUUGAAGUAUAAGAUGAGUUACCAUUUUGUAACAUUAACACAAAUUAAUACAUGGUUGAUCAUUUGAAGCAAAA